AUGGGGCGGUUUCCAAAUUCCAAUAGGUUUGUGUACAUAUUAUUAGCUGUGGAUUACGUCUGCAAAUGGGUGAAAGCAAUUCCUACCCGAUGUGACAAUGCUAAUACUGUUGCUUCAUUUUUGAAAAAUAACAUCAUUUGUAGAUUUGGGUCACCGCGAGCAAUCGUGAGCGACCAAGGAACCCAUUUUUGCAACAGGAAAAUCAAAGCAUUGAUGAAGAAGUAUGGGGUCGUUCAUAAGGUUUCCAUAGCCUAUCACUCCCAAACCAACGGGCAAGCGGAAGUAUCUAACAUGGAGAUAAAGAGAAUUCUAGAGAAAGUGGUUAUCCCACAAAGGAAGGAUUGGAGUUCUAGAUUGGGAGAUGCAUUAUGGGCUUAUAGGACCUCUUACAAGAGGCCUAUCGGAAUGAGCCCAUUUUGCAUUAUUUUUGGGAAACCUUGCCAUCUUCCGGUUGAGAUCCAACAUAGAGCCUAUUGGACAGUGAAGAAUUGCAAUCUAGAUUUAAAGGGGGAGGGAAUGGAACGUAAGCUCCAACUGGAUGAAUUAGAAUGCCUUAGAUUGGAAGCAUAUGAGAAUGCUCAAUUCUACAAGGAAAAAGCUAAGGCAUUCCAUGACCAAAAUAUUAGGAGGAAGAACUUCAAGAUAGGUGAUGAAGUACCUGUGUACAAUUAA